CACGUGACCGCAAUGGAAUGCAAACAAUGCGGCGAACGUCCAAGUCCGUCCCGCUGCAUUCUAUCGGUUGUGCCCAGUUGGAUAGUCGGGGAGGGGGGUGGAAAGCAAACCAGAGACCCGCCAAGCGUACCCCCAACUACAGGCCGGACUGUACCAAGUCGGACCCGAUCUCCCCCAGACCGCUUGGAAUGUGCCUCUGUGACUGAGGAGUUGACGCCAAGAGGAAAAAGGAGGCGGUGGAAGAGGAGGCGGCCGUAGCAGGACUUGGAGCAACUUCCCAAAGAGAGAGGAACCAUCGUUUUGUUUUUUUUCUCCCCUGGACUUCCAUAGCAGUCUUCAAAGAUAAUUUCUCUAACUUGCAAAGGAAGAUGAGAUUAAAUGGAGCUCGGAGAGUUAAAGUCUAAGAAUGCUGCCAAGAUUGAGAAUGAAAAUCUCUCUGUGUGGUGCUGCCAAAUCGCACAUCCUGUGAUACAGUAACGGACAGUUUUGCAGGCAGCAUGCACAGAGUAAUCUGGCAUCGAGCAUAGCGGCGUAGUAAAUGUGUAUGUGGGAGUAAUCUGUAUCAACAAUGAGGCCAAAGACUUUCCCCGCAACUACAUAUUCUGGAAACAGCCGGCAGAGACUGCAGGAAAUUCGAGAGGGACUUAAACAGCCAGCCAAACCUCCAGCUCAGGGUUUACUAGCUGCCCCCCCCAAUGAGAUUCUGUUGGACCCAAAAGUUCUGCAUGGCAAAGAGUCAACAAGGCAGCAGCAACAACUUCGGCAGCCUGCCAAGUUUGCACCUUAUCAGAAGGCUUUGCGAGAGAUCAGAUACUCCCUGCUGCCAUUUGCCAAUGAGUCAGGAAGUCCAGCUGCUAUUGAAGUGAAUCGGCAGAUGCUGCAGGAGCUGGUGAAUGUGGGUUGCGAUCAGGAAAUGGCAGUGCGAGCUCUGAAGCAGACUGGGAGCAGAAGUAUUGAAGCUGCAUUGGAAUAUAUUAGCAAAAUGGGAUAUCUGGACCCAAGGAAUGAGCAGAUUGUCCGUGUGAUCAAGCAAACCUCACCAGGUAAGGGCUCAAUACCAAAUAAUGUGCCUCACCGGUCAAAUUUUGAAGGAUCAAAUGAGUCGUUUCCAUCAUACCAUUCAAUGAACAACACAGGAUAUGAAGGGCCUGGUUUUUCAGUUGAAGGUGCCAACAUGCUUGGUGACGUUCCUCGGCCAUAUAUGGACUACUUGCUUUCUGCACCCCCUCCUGGACCAAUGAAUGGACCAGGACAAAGGCCUCCUCCUGUAAGUGCUCAUAGUACACCUGGAAACCUUCAGCUCCAGCAGAAGACAUAUGCUACAAAUUUGGAGCCUGCGGCUAUAAAUUAUGCUGUUGGGAAUCAUAAUGGUGCAGGUCUCGGGAUGCAGCCUCCUCAUACCGCAAGCAAUCCACACUAUGGACGCCAGAACAUCAUUGUGCAAGGAGACCCCAUGAGUUAUGGAGUACAAGUACAAAGAACGCCUUCAUUUCAAAACAAAAUACAGCAAGACGGAGCCUAUGUAAAUAUCCCAAGCAAAGGUCAGAUACCUCAAAACAGUCCAAGUCAUGCAUAUCCGCAGCCGCCUGCUAGUUUAUAUAUGCAACACUCUCAUCACAAGCAAUCAAGUCCAUCCUCUCACCAAAUGCAUGUUAUUACUAGGGGCUCCCCAUUUACAAGCGAGUUUUCUGACACUCCUCAGAACCUAAUGACCCCAUCAAGAAAUAGCUUAAAUAUGGAUCUGUAUGAUAUCAGUCAGUGGCAAAAUUCACAGUCUCGGAGAGAUUCCCUCCAAGGACCAGGGUUGGAUGUAUCACCUCGACAGCAUGUUCAGUUCAGACCAGAUUCCCAGGUGCCUAGUCGUACAAAUUCUUUCAAUAACCAUCAACAACAAAAGCAGGUGCAGAUUCGACAGACUCCACCAAGCAAACCUGAUGUACCGAAUACCAUCACGGCUGUUACAUCAGCCCAUAUUCUCCAACCAGUGAAGAGCAUGAGGGUGAUGAGACCUGAACCCCAAACUGCUGUAGGCCCUUCUCAUCCAGCUUGGUUGGCAGCUCAGGCACAAGUGACAGAAAAUUUAGAAAUAAUUGAGUCUCACAAUGUACCAGUUCAAGGUGCUGGUGCAUAUGGAAUAGAUGUUGAUUAUGGAAAUCAGGAUAUGAGAUUUCCUCCACCUCCUUAUCCAAAGCGUCUCUUGCCUCCGAACAAUUCAGAACAGCUUGAUGUGAACUCUUUAUGUAAGGGAGUGGACCAGAGUCUUAGGUUUGCGGACAAUACGGCAUCUGCUCCAGUUGAAGAAGUCAACAUGGAGACCAAAAAUGAGAAAGUAAGCAAGAAUCCCAAAGUUGGCUCUGGAAAAGAUAAGAAAGAUAAAAAGCAAAUCCAAACAUCCCCUGUUCCGGUGCGUAAGAAUACUAAGGAUGAAGAGAAGCGGGAGUCCAGAAUAAAGAGUUACUCACCCUUUGCCUUUAAGUUCUACAUGGAGCAGCAUGUGGAAAAUGUCCUGAAGACCUACCAGCAAAAGAUCAAUAGAAGGCUACAGUUGGAGCAAGAAAUGGCAGAGGCUGGCCUCUGCGAAGCUGUCCAAGAGCAAAUGCGGAAAAUCCUUUAUCAGAAGGAGUCCAACUACAACAGACUAAAACGGGCCAAAAUGGACAAGUCAUUGUUUGUAAAGAUAAAGACAUUGGGCAUUGGUGCUUUUGGUGAAGUGUGCCUGGCAAGCAAAGUGGACACUAAAGCUCUGUAUGCUAUGAAAACCCUGAGAAAGAAGGAUGUGCUGAACCGAAAUCAGGUGGCUCACGUGAAAGCAGAGCGAGAUAUCCUGGCCGAGGCGGACAAUGAAUGGGUGGUGAAACUCUACUACUCCUUCCAGGAUAAGGACAACUUGUACUUUGUGAUGGAUUAUAUUCCGGGUGGGGACAUGAUGAGCCUCCUUAUACGUAUGGAGGUGUUUCCAGAGCACCUUGCCAGGUUCUAUAUUGCAGAACUGACUCUUGCCAUUGAAAGUGUUCACAAGAUGGGAUUUAUUCACAGGGACAUUAAGCCGGACAACAUUCUCAUAGACUUGGAUGGUCAUAUCAAACUGACAGAUUUUGGCCUUUGUACUGGAUUUAGGUGGACCCACAACUCCAAAUAUUACCAAAAAGGAAGCCAUAUCAGACAAGACAGCAUGGAACCAAGUGAACUUUGGGAUGAUGUGUCAAACUGCAGGUGCGGAGACCGGCUAAAGACAUUAGAACACCGUGCCAAGCGACAGCACCAGAGGUGUCUGGCUCAUUCAUUAGUUGGGACACCAAAUUACAUAGCACCGGAGGUCCUUCUGCGAAAAGGUUACACUCAACUCUGUGAUUGGUGGAGUGUUGGUGUUAUUCUCUAUGAGAUGCUGGUGGGACAGCCUCCUUUUUAUGCCCCCACCCCAACCGAAACUCAACUGAGGGUAAUAAACUGGGAAAACAGUCUACAGAUUCCCUCCCAGGUCAAGUUAAGCCCAGAGGCAGCCGACCUUAUUACCAAGUUAUGCUGCUCGCCUGACGACAGACUGGGGAGAAACGGGGUGGAUGAAAUUAAGGCUCACGCUUUCUUCAGCUCAAUCGAUUUUUCUGCUGAUUUCCGUCGCCAACCAGCACCUUAUGUCCCAAAAAUUAGCCACCCAACGGAUACCUCCAAUUUUGACCCAGUGGAAGAAGAGAGUCCCUGGAAUGAUAGUGGUGAUAGUACCAUGACAUGGGAGGCACUUGUGUGCCCUACCAAUAAACAUACUGAACAUGCAUUCUAUGAGUUCACGUUCCGGAGGUUCUUUGAUGACAAUGGCUAUCCUUUUCGAUACCCAAAACCUUCUAGGAUGGAGUGUUCUCCUAACGAAGAAACCCAGGAGGAACAUAAUGUUUCAGCUAAUGAAAUGGAAGGCUGCCAGCCUGUAUAUGUAUGAAAUCAAAUAUUGGAUAUUGUAAACCUGAAUUGCCAUCAGAGGGUGGAGCCCACUUAUACCCUUGAAGACAAUUCAAACUAUGACUGUUACCUUUGUUUUUAAUAAGGGCAUAUUUCUACAGAUUAUGUGAAACAUUUGUUUAUAUUAUUUGGCAAUAUGUGUCCAUUCUUGCCAUUCUUGACAGUACAGCAAGCAGUAUUGAUUUUCUCAAGAACUGAAAACCUAUUUGGACAAAAAUGGUGCAAUAAAACAGUUAUUCUGUUGCUCACAAUGGGAUUUUAAUAUUAUAGUUUUAUACGUAUGAGAUGAAAUCUCCCAAUUUGUGCCUUUCUAUGUAAGGGCUUUAGUGAUUUUUAUAUCCAUUUUGGUGCCAAUCUCCUGAGAGCUGGUGGUGACCAGAGAGUUUAGUUGGUUAUUUAAUGUAAGGGAGAAAUUGUUGGUUUUGUGUUUUUAGUUUCUAGAGGUUCUACAAUGAAGGAUGGUGGAUUUAUGGGAAGACAGUUGUAUUAAGUUCAUACUAUAGCAGAAUCUGAUAUACUUGAGGGUCCCUAGAUAUUUCCUUCAGAACACACCACAUGAUACUUUUUUUUUUUUUUUUUUAAAUACAGAUGGAAUUUUGUGGUAAAAAGUAUAGUAACAUUCUAUCUCCUGCAGAGUUAAAGUAUGCGAAGAUGCCAACGGAAUGUAAUCCGGAUCAUUGAAAGCUUUACAAAACCCAUUACGGCAAGCUGUGUUGUACAAAGUGGUCCACUGCUUUCAAAAUGCAUUUUAGUCUGUCUACUUCGGGUUUCUCAUAAAGGUUUUGAGAUCUCAUGUUAUUUAUUGAUGAAAUUAAGCAUUUGAACAUUAUUCCAAGUGCAGGGUUCACCUGCUGAGUUUGGAUUGUCCUGUUGCGUGCAUUUUCCAGGCGCGUAUUUAUGACCAAUUUAACAAUGCUUGAGUUUCUUCAUGAGGCCUAGUGAGGUAGAUUUUGACAUAUUUCCAGCUGUAUCUGUGAGAAUAACAUCACUUUUGUUCUGUGACUUAUAAAUCCUUCUUAUUACUUGCUGCUCCAUAAACCCUGAACACGUGAUCUUCAUAACGGUCUCCAAGAUAUUUGUACGCUAAAGGAAUUCAGUCAUUUUUUUCCAUCCUGUAAUACGUAAUUACGAUAGGUGUAUCUGUUUCUAGACUUUUCUGUACAUCUUACACAAUAACUAUAAUUUAGAAUGAGCACUUAAGUAAUUUCUAAUACCCACUUUGUAUUACUGUUAUGAAUGAAACUUAAUUGUGCUGUUGCUUAUUAUUGUAAGCCUUUGCCAUUUAUUCAGACUUUUAUAAUGUUAUUCUUUACAAGCGUUUUGAGGACAUGUUAAACAGGAAAUAUGGAUCACUGUGCAUCAACUAUACUGUAUAGUAUAGCGUGGCAUAGUAGUCAUGUUACAUGCAAUCUUCGUGAGUUGUUACAUUUUUAUGUAUAAAGGGAAUGUGGCAAAUCAUUAAAUUGGAAAAAUGUUCUAUUAGAAAAUGUAUUUUAAAUUAAGGUGUCAGGUUACUUAACUGGGGGGCAAGCC